CCAAAAUGACAAAUACGCGAAAAAUACGCCCAGUCGAAGCCUUUUUUCUCAGACAGAAAAAUACGCCGAUAUCCAUGGCGGCGUCGGCGUUUUCCUCCGCGGCUCUGGUCUCCAGAACGACUGUACCAGCAACGCGACAGAGCACUCUCGGCGUUGGAUCCUGCACCUCCUGGCAGUUGAUUUCAUCAUACCCGCACGCGCCGUCGCUCGCGGUGUCUCGGAAGACCUCGCCUGCAGUGGUGGCCGCCUCCGUAACCUCCCGCUCAGUGGAAGCCGAACCUCGGAUCCCCGCCGCCGCCCCGUCGAAGACGCUACCCUUCAGAGUCGGGCACGGAUUCGAUCUCCACCGUUUGGAGCCCGGAUAUCCGCUUAUCAUCGGCGGUGUAAACAUUCCUCACGAUCGAGGCUGCGAAGCUCACUCAGACGGGGACGUGCUGCUUCAUUGUGUAGUUGAUGCAAUUUUGGGUGCUUUGGGGCUUCCCGACAUCGGCCAGAUUUUUCCAGACACCGAUCCUAAAUGGAAAGGCGCCCCUUCAUCGCUUUUCAUCAAAGAAGCUGUGCGGCUGAUGCAUGAUGCUGGCUAUGAACUUGGGAAUAUAGAUGCCACUUUGAUCCUGCAGAAGCCGAAGCUAAGCCCUCACAAGGAAGCUAUUAGAUCCAAUUUGUGCCAACUUCUCGGUGCAGACCCCUCAGUUGUAAACCUAAAGGCAAAAACCCAUGAGAAAGUAGAUAGCCUCGGGGAAAAUAGGAGCAUUGCAGCUCACACAGUAGUUCUUUUAAUGAUGAAGUAGCAUAUAAUCGCCUCCCCGAAUUCUUCUUGACAUAUAUCUGAUACAUAUGAUCAUACUUGUUUUAUCAACUGCAUACUCAGUUUAAGUUUUGGGGUUUCUUCAGACUACUGCUCAAAGGAAACAAUUACUGCAUGUCUUCUGUACGAGCAAGUCAUAUAUUUUCACAAGGUUCAGUACAUAUAAUCAUUGCAUGUAUUAAAAUUCAUAAGAUGAGUAUGUACAAGGGCAUAAAAGAGUUUGCCCAUG